UAUCCAGUAGCUUGGUUCCCGCCCUCUGGAUUACCGCCCUCCAUUCCAGUCGACGUUGCGACCAGCCUUUCAGUUCCUGGCGAUAACAGGGCGAUAUAUCCCGCUAUCUAUCCCGCGAUCCCACUUCCCACAUUGCGCCUACUCUCGACCGUCAACCACCCGAGUUUGCGUCGCGGCUCUUCAAUUCCGACAACAUGCCUCUCUCACACCUGCACCUGCACCGCAGGGACGAAUCCAACCAAGAUAUCGGCAAGCUGGCUGCAGAGAUGGGAAAUCAACCCGAAGAGCGUGCUGCUGUCAAGGUCACCGUCUAUGUGACUGCAGAUCCCACUUUCAAGGGAAAGGUUGCUGGCUACUCAACCGUUGGGAAAGAAGUCAAGGUUACUCAGACUGCUGAGAAGGAAAAGGCUACUGCCACCAAGGAGGAAGAAGCCAAGACCACUGCUAAGGCCAAGGCGACGAGUACCGCCAAAUCCAACAAGGAAAAGACGACAUCAAAGGCAGAGGAGAAGGAAGCCACCACCAAGGAGAAGUCGAAGGCUGUGGCCAAGACCGAAGAAACCGAGGUGGAAAGCAAAACUACGAAGACGGCCAAGGAUCGUUCCAAGACAACCGCCACCAAGGAAGACACCUCUUCAGUCCCGUCUGCCAUUACACAUGCCGCCGACACUGCUACCGAGUCUGUCCUGGCCCAGGCAACCGGCGAUGUUUCCAUGUCCACCACCUUUGAGACUUCUGCCACCAAAUCCGCCGCCUCCACUCUGUCCAGCAGCAGCGCGUCCGCUGCCGCCUCUACUUCUAGCGGAGACUCGAGCGCUGGCACAAAGGCCGGAAUCGCUUUCGGUGUCCUCGGUGGUAUCUUCCUCGUCGGCAUGCUCGUCUUCUUCGUCUUCUCCCGACGUCGCAAACAGGCCGAGCGCGAGAGACUCGAAGAUGACGACGAGAAGCUCAACGGUCCCAUCGCCCCCGUCGCUCCCGUCGAUACUCACUUCGCAGCUGCAGCCAGCACCACUCCCCACACUGAUCCCAAGGCUCCUCGCAUCAGCCUCCGGCCUGUCACUCAGUUCCUCCCUAACUGGAACCUCGAAAAGCGCACCAGCAAGGGUGCUGCCAUGGCUCUCGCUGUUCCCCCCGCUGGUGGCCCUAUGACCAGUCGUGCCCCUGGAGGCAGUGCUUGGGACCGCCCAUCUACUGCUCAGAGCACUGAUCCCGCCAACCCCUUCGGUGCUCAGGCUGAGCGCGUCCCUACUCCCAUCAUGGAGGAGAGCAUCCGUGCCCGAAGCACUACUCCCAAUUCCGAUGCUCUUCGCCCAGUUUCUCCCGUUUCUUCUAUUGGCACCAUGAACACAAUGAACGAUCCUCUCGCUGCCAGCGGCCCACAGGUCGCAGUCGCCGUGGCCGCCGCUACAGGAGCUGGGUCUGCUACGCUCGCUCGUAAGACGUCGAUGCGCAAGGAUGGCCCUAAGAAGCUUGAUCUGACCCUCCCUAACCCUCCUAUGGCCCCUGUUCCCCCCAGCCCAGCUGGCACCGAGUUUAGCAUUAGUUCUGUAUCCCCUGGUGCCACCGAUGCUCCUUCUAGUAGCGCCGCUGCUAUUGCUGCUGCUGGAGGUCCUGUUAACUCCGCCGUUCACCGCGUUCAGCUUGACUUCAACCCUACUCUUGACGAUGAGCUGGACAUGAAGGCUGGAGACCUUGUUCGACUGCUUCACGAGUACGACGAUGGAUGGGCCCUCUGCAUUCGACUUGAUCGAUCUAAGCAGGGCGUCGUUCCCCGAACAUGCCUCUCCACUCGCCCCGUCAAACCUCGUCCCCAAGCCGGCCCUCGUUCUGGACCUCCCGUCAACCCUAACGGACCCCCUCGAGGACCUAUGGGCCCUCCCGGCCAACGCCCGAUGACUCCCCAAGGAAUGCAGGCCCAAGGCCGCCCUGCUUCGCCCGCUGGUCGCCCCAUGACCCCUAACGGUGGCCGAAGCCAGUCUCCCAUGGGCCGCCCUAUGAACCCUCCUGGGCGCCCUGCUGGACCUCCUAUGAGUCCUGGACCUCGUUCUCAGUCACCAGGACCUCGUCAGGGACCUCCUCAAGGCCGUCCCAUGAGCCCCGGCCCUCGCUCUCAAUCGCCUGGUCCCCGCCAAGGACCUCCCGGAGGUCGAAACAGCCCUCCUGGACGCAGUCCUAUGAACCCAACCCAGGAGCCCCGUCAAGGCCCUCCUGCUGGUCCUCCCACUGGUCCUGUCGGCAGGAAGCCAGUGCCCGGUCAGGCAUACUGAGCAAUCUACAAACGCUUAGUUUGUCUGAUUUAGCAUUCGGCGAUUUGCCACAGGGAGUCAACAGGGAAACGGGGAUAAAGGCCGGCGUUCUGCGAUACCCAAGGCAGGACAGGGGCCUCACGGUCUGCUCAUGAUCCUGAACG